UCUAUUUUGUAGCCUUAAAUUGGAAUGUGAGAAACUGGCAAGCGAAAAGACAGAAAUGCAGAGGCACUAUGUGAUGUAUUAUGAAAUGUCGUAUGGAUUAAACAUUGAAAUGCACAAACAGACAGAAAUCGCCAAGAGAUUGAAUACAAUUUGUGCACAAGUCAUCCCAUUUUUGUCUCAGGAACAUCAGCAGCAAGUGGCCCAAGCUGUAGAACGUGCCAAACAAGUGACCAUGGCCGAACUGAAUGCCAUCAUCGGGGUACGUGGCCUUCCAGGUCUACCUCCUACACAGCAGCAGCUGCAGGCUCAACAUCUCUCCCAUGGCCAUGGACCUCCAGUGCCUCUAACACCGCAUCCAUCAGGACUUCAGCCUCCAGGAAUCCCUCCACUUGGAAGCAGUGCUGGCCUUCUUGCCCUUUCUAGUGCUUUGGGUGGGCAGUCUCACUUGGCAAUAAAAGAUGACAAGAAGCAUCACGAUGCAGAACACCACAGAGACAGAGAGCCAGGCACAAGUAAUUCUCUGUUGGUCCCGGACAGUCUGCGAAGCACAGAUAAACGCAGGAAUGGCCCUGAAUAUACCAAUGACAUCAAAAAGAGAAAGGUGGAUGAUAAGGAUUCCAGCCACUAUGAUCCUUCUUCCCCAAGGGCAAGUCCCACUCAUUCACCACGUGAAAACGGUAUAGAUAAAACCCGCCUGCUGAAGAAAGAUGCCUCUAGCAGUCCAGCAUCUACGGCUUCUUCAGGAAGUUCCACUUCCCUCAAAUCCAAAGAAAUGAGUCUGCAUGAAAAAGCCAGCACGCCUGUUCUGAAAUCCAGCACACCAACUCCUCGAAGUGAUGUGCCAACCCCAGGCACUAGCGCAACUCCAGGACUUCGUCCAGGCCUUGGCAAGCCUCCAACAAUGGACCCUCUGGUUAACCAAGCUGCUGCAGGUUUGCGGACGCCAUUGGCAGUACCAGGACCGUACCCUGCUCCAUUUGGAAUGGUACCUCACGCUGGCAUGAAUGGAGAGUUAACCAGUCCAGGGGCAGCCUAUGCCAGUCUGCACAAUAUGUCACCCCAGAUGAGUGCUGCUGCUGCUGCAGCUGCUGUGGUUGCCUAUGGAAGAUCUCCUAUGGUUGGGUUUGAUCCUCCUCCUCACAUGAGAGUACCUGGAAUCCCUCCAAAUCUAGCAGGGAUUCCUGGGGGAAAACCUGCCUACUCCUUUCACGUUACUGCAGAUGGUCAGAUGCAGCCGGUUCCUUUCCCUCCUGAUGCCCUCAUCGGUCCAGGAAUUCCUCGCCAUGCCCGUCAGAUCAACACUCUGAACCACGGGGAAGUGGUGUGUGCAGUUACCAUCAGCAACCCCACGAGACAUGUGUACACGGGUGGGAAGGGGUGCGUCAAAGUCUGGGACAUCAGCCAGCCUGGCAACAAGAGCCCUGUCUCUCAGCUGGACUGCCUGAACAGAGACAACUACAUCCGCUCUUGUAAAUUGCUACCUGAUGGAUGCACCCUAAUAGUUGGCGGGGAAGCCAGCACAUUAUCCAUAUGGGACCUGGCAGCACCAACUCCUCGUAUAAAAGCAGAACUGACAUCCUCAGCGCCUGCCUGCUACGCUCUGGCUAUCAGCCCUGAUUCCAAGGUGUGCUUUUCCUGCUGCAGCGAUGGGAACAUUGCAGUGUGGGAUCUGCACAAUCAGACAUUGGUCAGGCAAUUCCAGGGCCACACAGAUGGAGCCAGCUGUAUUGACAUUUCUAAUGAUGGUACCAAGCUCUGGACAGGAGGUUUGGAUAACACUGUCAGAUCCUGGGACUUGAGAGAGGGGAGACAGCUACAACAGCAUGACUUCACAUCACAGAUAUUUUCCCUUGGUUAUUGUCCUACUGGUGAAUGGCUAGCUGUGGGAAUGGAGAGCAGCAACGUAGAAGUGCUACAUGUAAAUAAACCAGACAAAUAUCAACUGCACCUUCAUGAGAGUUGUGUAUUGUCACUCAAGUUUGCUUACUGUGGUAAAUGGUUUGUGAGUACUGGGAAAGAUAACCUUCUUAAUGCAUGGAGAACUCCUUAUGGAGCCAGUAUCUUCCAGUCCAAAGAAUCUUCGUCAGUGCUUAGCUGUGACAUCUCUGUGGAUGAUAAGUACAUAGUCACUGGCUCUGGAGACAAAAAGGCUACAGUCUAUGAAGUUAUCUACUGAGAAAUGUGAUGGGGAUAUAACUUUUAGAAGUUGAACUGGGCCAAAAUUGUUCUUAAUUGUAGAAGUAGAAAGGUUUUGCCUUUUAGAAAGGAACAAAAGUAUUGAGGUUCCAGACCUUGCCAUGAAACUACUCCGAUUUUUCAAAAUAGAAGGCAACAUCCAGCAACUAAAUACUGGCUACGUGGACCAAAUGGAACACAGAGACAAGAUGGACAGAUGUAGCCUAGGUUUUUGAUAUAGUUUUUAAAAGCCAAGUCUACUGAAGAAUGUUGGAGCCUUUUAUUUUUUUCUUUCUUUGUGACCUCAUGCAAAUUGUUCUCAUUGCCUGAAUAUGGGGGAUAAAUACCUUUCUGUUCCUUGCAGUUCAAGUUGCAUUCUGUCCUGUGUAGAGCAGUGGUGUCUCAGAUGAACUUGUUUCCUGGUUUUGCAUCUUGUGAUAUGUUUUUGUAUUUUUGUUGAAGGUCAAACAUUUGUAUAAAUUGUAAAUAUAUUUAGUUUAUUACAGUAAAGGCUUUAGUACCAACAACCAGUCUUCCCCCCCGCCCCCUCCCUGCCUGCCCUGCUUAUUUAAAAUUAAAAACCUUUUGGGGAUAUAAGUACCUUUUUAGAAGCAAAAGCAAACACUAUGUAUAGUUUGAAAAUGGUGUCUUAUUCUUUAUAACUCUUCUAGAUUCCUUUAUCAUACUUCAGAGUAGUUGUUUUGACAUAUUAGGGUAUCAAGUCCAGUAGAUACUGUCUUGUGCUACAGAAAACUUAAAAGGCAAUUUUGUACUAAUUAUAGUGUAAAUAUAAAAAUUGAACAUUUCAUGAAGUUGUGCAGUUUAUUUUAAGUUUAUUCUGAUGUCCCAUAUAUAUGUUCUUUGGCAGAUACAGUAAUAUGUGCCUGAUUAUAACUCAUUUUGUCAUUUCUCUAGAAGAGGUGAUUUCCCUCUUAUUUCUCCCCCAGCUGAACAGAACUCAUGCAAGACUACAUUUCAACUAAAUACAUCAGAGCCCUUAUUCAUUAACUGAGGAUGUCUGUGAUUUAAAAAAGCUAGAUAAGUUGCAUCCUUCAUAUUUUACAGAGAAGUGGCAGUUAGUGACCAUUUCCUUUUUAAUGUCUUGUCUAUACUUAGAUACUCAGGUAAAUUUAAUUAAAUUACCAAAAGUGUGAGUUUUACAGGGGAUCACUUAAACCAUGUCAAAUACUUGCAGUGCUGCAAGUGAAGUGAAUUAACCUAAACUAAGUUAAACUCACUUCUUAAUUUCUUGUGAGAAUAUUGACAAAGGAAUAUUUUGAUUUUUAACUAAUCCACUGUACAAAUUAAUUAGAAUUAAUUUUCCUGAGUGUCCCAUGUUACGCAGGCCUAUAGGCUCUAUGUAUUCAUACUGAGCUAUCUUCGAGUCCUUUCCACUGUUGCAUUAGUGUUUUACAUCUGUGAAGAGCCAUGCUAAGCAGCCAGUUACCAAAGCUAUGCAUCUUCAAAUCAAGUUUUCUUGGUGUACUCAAGAGAAAUGGAUGAGGAGAGAAUGUGUACAUUUUAUUCUAACUAUGUUUUUUCAGAUUAACGAGUUCUUACCACUGUGUGCUGGACAAACCUAGCUAUUGCACCAGUGAGGGCCAUACAUUUCCUGCAUUCAGUAAUUUAAUUAGAAUUUCUGUUGCUAAUGGAGAGUACAGAUGAACAGAAGGAUAUCUCUGAACAAAUAAUUCAGAUUACACAAACUGGCAGACAGGUUAAGACUCAUCUUUGAAGAGCUGCUUUCUCAUUUUGCUAGCAUUUGACAAUGACCUGUAUCCCUGCUCUUUCAAAGACACAUAACUAGGAAGAAACAAGUUUGACUGACAGGUGCAUUGACUGGAAAGAGAACUUCUCAUCUGAGGGCAAAUUUUCUCUCAAUUUCCAGUCUGAAGAGACAUCAGUUUUCUUGUCAAUUUACAUGACCAUUCUACUGAGACCAUUUUGUAGUAUCUAGAAUUGUAAUAGCCUUAAUACAUUAACUUUGCGUUUAGAAUGUAAAAUGUUAACCAUUCAGGAUAACCUGGUCUCCUAGACAUUUAAAAUUAGUGUUCUAUCCAUAUGUAUCAAUAUCUUUGUCUAUUGCUGUGUUGUGAAUAUCCAUUUGUAUGAAAAUGACAGACCAGUUUAGGUGGUGGUCAUGUUCCUUUCACACAUAGUAAGGCAAAAAGCAGAAUCAUCAGGCUUUUCAAAGAAAUAAUUAUAUUUGCUACAUUGAAAUACUGUGAAGUGCUAUGCCAUUUUAAAAAGGGAAAGUUUAAAAAUAGAGUAUGUACUAGGUUACUUGAUUUUUAUGCUGACCCUGUUUUCAUAUUGAAGUUUUUCCAAAUGUCUGAAUCUCUCAAUGAUCAUUGACUUUCUUUAGCAGCUCUGGCAAAUUUGCUAUAGUUAGGAACAUUUGGAUUUCUUCCAAACUACUAUCACCUUGGCUUUUACUUUAUAGGUGUUCUUUUACCUUUCUUAAAAGUUGAUAUUAGAGGAACUAAGAAUGCAAGCAUUCUAACACAUUUGUGUAACUUAAAAAUAUAUACACGUGUAUAUAAUAGAUCUGCUAUAAAUUGCAACAUAGGGGUUGUUAGUAAGACCACAUUUUUGGCAAUCAGGAGGUUCAAAAUCCUAGUGUCAGGAAAAUAAUGAAAUACCUUGUCUUUUCUUGUUAGCUUCUAGAAUGCACAAUGAGUCAGAGCAGUUAUGGAAUUGGACAUUAUUUAUGCAUGUGAAUGAAUUUAAUCAUAUUUGUACCAUAUGCUUCUCGGUUGUAAUUAAGAAAUUACUUCUUUUUUUCCCCAAUCAGAUCUACUUUAAGCCUUGGUUUUAAAAACUUGGGGAGGCAUCAUACAAUAGUCCUCUGAAUUAUUUUUUUUUUGUUUGUUUCAGGUUUCACUUAUAGUUUUUGAAACUUUUUUUUCAUCUGUCAAACAGUAAAGCCUAUUCCACCAGCAGAUGUAAUUUUUAAUGAAAAAAUACAUUUGGUGAAAUCUUGGCAUGUCUGUCUACACUAUUACCUACAAGAUUUAAAACUUGUAGAGCUUAAAACUUCUGUAAGUUCUUAUACCCCUGUUUAAAUUAGUGGGUGGAAAUAAUUGUAUAUUGAACAAAGAAACAGACCAACCCAGACCAGCAGUAACAGAAGCGGCACUGGGAAAAGCAUGUGGAAAAAAGAGGUACAGCAGUACCUAUGGUGUAGGUAAUUAUUAUUUUUUUUUUGUCAAUUUAAUUACAACCCUGAAAGGUUCCUUUGAUUAGCCCCUUUCUGGGACACUGUUUGCUGGGUGGCCCUCAGUAUUCAGAGAAGUCUGAAUGCCACUCUGGCAAACACUAGUGCCAGAUAGAAGCAGGGAGUCCUUACAAAUGACAUAUUGGAUGUCACUGCAAACAAUAACUGAUGAAGAGGAGAUUUGUGGUAAUAUCAAUUCAAGUGAACAAAAUCCUUUGCCGGCUCUAAUAUGUAUAUUUUGUAUAUGUGCGCUAGGCAUAACCUUUUAUAAAUCAAUUGUGCAGAAAAUCAUUAUAUUAUUCCACACAAUGCAUUUGUCAGUGUGUCAGAGUACCUCUUUUUGAUUAUAGUUCCAAGCAAAGAUGGCUUGCCACAUCAACCCACAAGCGGUUGGUCCUUGAGAGAGAAUUUUCAUCCACAUUAAGUCUUUUAAAUUUGUUUGGCAUUUCAAAAGCUUUUGUUCCUUUAAAGGGAAGAGGGAGCACCAAAUGAAUAUAAAGUUCAUAGACUGGUAAAAUAAUAGUGUUGUUUUUUAAUACAAGCAUCAAAGUAGAAUCUAUCAUCUAGUCUCAUACUUUCCUGUAUAAAUGAUUGACCAUAAUUUUUUCUGUCACAUCUUUGCAUUGGUGAAGCAGGUAGAAUUUUCAGAAGUGUUAACUUGAGUAACUUAAACCCAGAUGGACAAAUAGAUUUUUAUAUUUUUUUUGUGGUGGUGGUUUUUUGUUGUUUAUUUGUUGUUGUUUUGUUUUGUUUUUUGUGGAAAGAUUGCCCCACUUAUGAGCCUGUGGGAUCAUGUAACCUAGUUAGAGUAGUCCUUUAUAUUUUCUAUUAUGUUGGUGCAAUUUUGAGUCGAUGGGGAAUUUCCACCAUUCUAGUGAUUAAGAAAGGUGGAUUUUAAUGUUUUCAAGCUAAGAAAGAGUACUGAAUUCAGGUUUCGCACUACUGAUAAAGUGUUUACCCCUUAAGCCACUUCACUGGAGAAGCUGGACUGGCUCCAACUGUGCUGUCUCUUUGAAGGAUUUUAUUUUUUUUCCUACCACAAGCACAUAGAAAGAAUGUGAGAAGGUAGGUCUAUACAAGACUUAAAUCAUGGUGUCUUGCCAGAGAGAGGUCUCUUACUACAAAAUGGGAAAGAUGAAGCAGCUCAGAGUAGGACCUGAUGAACACCAGAAUGAAAGAAAGAGUUUCUGGUAGGGAAUACAUGGAGGGACAGUGGAGAAUGGGAACAUAGACACACAGACAUUUUACUGGUAUUGUAAAAUGCAAUCUACAAAAUUCACCUAGAAUGAGAUUUCAGUAUGCAAUUUCACUGACUUCUAUUUCUCCAUGAAGUUGUUCAGAUGUUUCUGCAUAGUAAUUCAAGGACACCUGAGCUGUGUGUUGGAACUGGAAGUGGGCAUUUCUUUGACAUCCAUAAGCAGUCAUCUAAUCCUAAGAGGAACGAGAGUUAAAUCACAGCCAGUUCUCAACAUUUCCUAUUACCUAAUAUUUUUAUAGCUCAAGAUCAGCUUUCCAGCAAUUGAUAAUCCCUUUUUCAGCAACAUGCUCCCAGAUGUCCCAUUGCAGCUUAAGUGCUUAGUGCAGCGUGGUAGAUUUUGCUAGGGAAACCAGACAUGUAGGAACUGGGUGCUUUAAAAAUCUGCCCUGUGGGUCUAGCUUACAGACAUUUCUGAGAAGUUCACUUGGAAUUUCUGUUCAACUAUAUAGGAGAGCUCAAACAGUCACUUAAACAUUUUCUAAACGAGAAAAAACUGUGCUCUGAACACCCUUUAAGCACAUGGGGAUUUUUUUUUUGCCUUUUUUUGUGUUGAUUUAUUUAAUUUUUUUCUUCUUACUUAACUUUAAAAUAUCUAUAAAUUGAAUACAAUAAGAAAACAUGAAGGGAAAUAAGAAUGAAAGAAUAAUUGUUUUCAGAGGGCAGAAUGUUCUUAAAGAUGCUAUAUCUCAAAACAAAAGAACCUAUUGCUUCUAUGAUACAUUAAUUCUUGAGAGAGCUGGAUUUGUGUUUCCUUGGAGCUAAAGUGCUAUUCUCAGAAAACUGAAUACCAAAAAAUUGGUGGUGUGGGGACCAAUAUUAGUUAUCAUUUUAAAAUCUGAGCAGAGUUUUGUGGGUUUUUCUUCCCCCAUAUUCCUUAUUGCCAAGUCCACAGUUCAUUCCUAGAAGCUGAACAACAGGCUGUGCCCUUUCUGGCUCAUGCAUUAGUAAGAAUUUUGUUAACAAGUCUGUUCGUGAUAGGUAGACUACAGGAGAAUCUGAUUGAAUCUUUUAGUGGAUAGCUGCAUAGAUAAUAUCAGUCAGUGUAUAUUGUAAUAAUUGCCCUUACUAAAGCAAGCACCCAGAGAUAAGAUAGCAUCAUUGUUCCAUACUCAUACUUUCAUUGUUUGUGGAAUUGCUGGUCAGUGUAGUUGACUCGCCAUAGAAAAAUUCUGUGGUGGCUUCUGAGGUAAAACUUAAAUUUUGAGAUAUUGCCUAAAAUUUUACAUGUGAUUUUGCCCACAGUAAGUUUAUGUUGAUUCAUAGAAGAGAUGCUGCAAGGAGCACUAGACAGUUGCUAUUGCAUAGAGCUUGGCAAGGAUUGCCUUUGCUAUGUUCACAGUACAAAGGUAUAGCAUCUCUUGAACUUUGUUUCUAUCUCUGUUUCCUGCCAAGAAUGAGUUAGAGGCAAAGAUAAUGCAUAGUUUGGAGAUUAAGUAAUCAAACAUACUAUUAUCCCUUUUGUAUACUCUGUCAUUAGCAUAGAAAAUGGAGAUGAUAGCUUUUAACUGCAAAUAAUAAAAGCUGGUUUUCCUUCAAGGACUGAUUUUUAAUGGCAGUUUAAAAAAGUUAACAAGCAGAAUGAAGGGGUCAUAAACGGAAAUUAACCCAUAGCAUUGGGAAACUUAGAAAUCACUUGUUACUUUCCUGGUAGUGAGCCUAAUUUGUUUAAAAUAAAAUCCAUCUGUUCAUUUUGCAGUCUUUGUCGCACUUCCUUACAGCAAUCCACAGUGGAUUACCCCUUUACUUUAAAAAUUGGCUGCAAUUACGAUAAGCUGAAUAACUCUUAUUUUGUGGUUUGCUGUAGCAAGAUACUUUGGAGAGCAAUGAAGCUUCCCUUUAUUCUUAAAAAAUAAUCAGCUAUUGUUAUUUUUUGCAGUUGGACCUGAGUAUUUUCUUAAUUAGGUUUCAAGUAAAUAUACAAUCUGAUGGCUUUGCAAAUUCAAAAUAUUUCUGAAUGUUGAUGAAUCAGCCAAACAACUGCUGUUAAGUAUGUAAAUGACCUUAAUGUCAGUUUGGUAUUUGCUUAGCAUGCCAUGCAUGCAGCAAAACUUUGGAGUGAUUCAACUUUUCUGGCCAUGCUAAAUAUACUUCCUGGGAUAAGUUCCCUUUUCAUACAGGGACCAGUUUACUACUGUGCUCCCCUGUGUUUCCUCCUGAAUAUGUAUUAGUCCUCUAGAGAUGUUUUAAUGCGUUAUACAUACAUAAUGCUUCUACCUUUCUCUGUCUUUCUGAUUGUUAAUUAUGUGAGAUGUGUAAUUCUGGCAGCAGUUGAGUGAAUAUUCGCUAAUCUAUGAUAUAAUUGAGUUUUGAAUGUGUACUUCAAGAAGUUUAUAGACUUGCAUAGAGAAAUCAUUAAUUUUCAUUUGUUAAACUGAAGAUUCUCAAGUCCUGAUACUCUUUUGUGUUUUUAUCAGUGAAUCUGUUUAAGGAAGUACUUCUGGUUUUUGAGUGGUUUUCAUAGUUUUUUUUAUUUGUUUAUGUAGACACUCUUCUUUGAGUGCAAGUUAUUGACCUGGUACUCUAUUUAUAAUUCUGCCUGGUUCUUCAGUAUUUUAUCUAGCUGUAACUUAUUAAAAACCACAAAUAUGAAAUGGGGAUAUUAAUGACAAGUGGUUUAAAUGUGAGAGUUUCAAAAUGCAUGUCAGAAUAUUUCAACACUUUGUUCACUGUAAUUUUACAUUUUUUUUAUUACUUAAGUAAUUAAAAAAAUCCUUAGGGUUGCAUUAUAGUAAAAUUUUAUACAUCUCAGUACUAAUUUUGUCUCUCAGUGGACAGCAAUAAUUUAGAUGGGAUUGUUUUUACUCUACCUAAUUUAUUCUAAAAGGGGGGGGGAAAUAUUAACCUUGCAAAUUUUGCUAAUUAUAAUAAUUUCAUUAAUAAUGUUGGUUGUUUUUAAUGAUCUCCAUGCCUUCAGAAACUUGUUCUUCUAUAUUUUGAAGAAAAACAUACAGAUAUACAGGGUUCUGUAAUAGAAUGUGUUUACAGUAUUUAUCCCCUGGGUUUGCUGUGAUAGUAAGGGGAAGUACAGUGACAGAUAUAACUUGCAAUAGUUGCUAGUGUUCUGUGCCUUUGAAUAAUUUUCUUUAAUUCAUUAAUUUUUUAUAUCUUAGGUGAGGGUUAGCAGCUUUAAAUCAGUUUCAUUUCUAUUCAAGUGGAUAUGGUGAUACAUUCUUAGAGCUUUACUAGUUUUACUAACUUUAAAUAAUUUUAAAUCUGUAAGGUAAAUGGGUAUAUGGAUGGUUUUGAACUGAUCGUAGAUUGUUCGGUUUAACUUUUUAUGUUUCACACACUGCUAGAGUAGAGGGAGAACUUACUGGUCAUAUCUGGCUUUUUUUUUUUAUGCUUUUGUUUUGUACUAUAUAUGAUCAGUGGGACUUUCUCACCAUGAUAGGUGUGCUCACUGUAGUGACUUUUUAAAAUGUUCCCAUAGUUUGCACUGUGUGAUUCAAUUGAAUUUAGCUUACAAAUCAGUCCCUUUCUGUAGGCAUCUGCUUUGUACCUUGACAAGUAUGAAAAUAAUCAAAAAUAUCACUGUGCUUGACAGUGAGACUGUAUAUUUCUGUUUCUGAGUGUGAAUAGCAUUUAGCAAGGCUUGUCUAGUUAAAAAGCAGUUAAACUAGUAAUCAUACAUGAUCUGUGUUUAACUGUCAUUUGUAGAAAAAGUGCUACAAAGUGAUAUGUGGCGAUAAAUUCAGAAGGAAAAGAAUACGAAAUUCAGAUAGCAGCUUGAAUGAUUUGCUGUUAGCAUGGGGCCCAAUAACACUACAAAGCUAUAAACUCUGUCUUUCUAGAUUGCCCAGUUAGGUGGCAGAGAUGCAAUUUGUCUUUUCUGAUGCCGCCUGCUGCUUGCUAGCUCCAUCUCCUGUCACAGCCUAUUAGCUCCCCAAGAAAAUUGGUGGGAAAUUGCCUGCAGAUUGUAGGAAAUUGCAUCUCCAGGCCCUGGAAAAAAUGUGGGAUAGCACAACACUGAUCCUCCCAGAGCAGCUAUUAAUACAGCAAAAGCUGACCUUUGGCAUGGUGUGAAACGACUUUGCUAUUUGCUGAAUAAAGACUGUAUUAUGUGUGGUUGAAGGAGGGUACAAGUUAUUAUCCUAGCUAUGCCUGUAGCCAGCCUGCUCCAGGAAGCUUAAGCAUUAGUGAUAGGUUUUGCUGCCCCCCACCUCCUUCCUAUUGGAAGAUGGGAGGUAAGAUGUUGGAGCCUUAUCCAGAAAUUUCAUUGUACAGAUGGGCAAAAGCCACCAUGUAUUUAAAUGAUAUUAGUACAUAUGAAAUUCAAAGGUUUAGCGACAAAACUGAAAGACAAUUUAUGAAGCUAAGCUCAAAAAAAAAAAUUUAUAAUUGCCUCUGGUUGGUCUAGCCUUCAUCAGAGUAGGAACA